AUGGAGAUGCCAACCAGCGUGGCCACUCUGAUGGCUGGCGCUCGCAGCGGUCCAAAUGACCCCAAAUCUUACGGAUCCGAAAAGGCAAAUGCCAGAUGCUUGGCCACCACCAAUGGAUCUUAUAGGGGACUGUCAGCGGUAGCCACUUGGCUCUGGGCCUCCAAGCACAGAGUCUGGCAACAAGCUCAGGUGCAACAUUGGGGGAGAAAGCUGUGGGGCCAUCGAGGCCAAAGAAGUUUAUCCAUCCAAAACAGCCUUUGCCAGAGCGAAGCACUUCUGUCUGACGUAGCACCCAAUGGUGAAAUAGCAUUUACUGUUGAGCAAGCGCUCAGCGUAUGCAGGCCAGCACACACCAUUCUUGCGGGAACCUUCUUGUCUGGUCAGUGA